GGCCUCAAGUGAUCUGCCUGCCUUGGGCUCUGAAAAUUCUGGGAUUACAGGCAUGAGCCACCGCGACCAGUUAGAAAGUAUACAUUUUUUGAUGGAUAGUUUCAUAAACAGCAUAGUAACAUAUAGUCAUCAAACCACAUAUCAUGUCCUGAAACUCAGACUGUGUUCUUUAAUGGAUUUUCUAAAACAUCAAUCUGUAUAAUAGCUUUAUUAGGCUGAAUUGGGCACCCUCAAAUUCAUGUGUUGAAGGCCUAAUUCCUAGUACCUCAGAACAUGACUGUAUUUGGAGGGUAGGGAUUUUAAAUAGGUGAUUAAGUUAAAAUCAGUUUGUUAAUGCGGGCCCUGAUCCGAUCUGACUGGUGUCCUUAUACAUAGAACAAAUUUGGACACAUAAAGACCUACUGGGUAUGUGUUCCUACAGAAGACAGAUCAUGUGAGGACACAUUGAGAAGACAGCCAUCUGCAACCCAAGGAGAGAGGUCACAGAAGAAACCAAACCUGCUGAUGUCUUGAUUUUUGGCUUCUAGUCUCCAGAGCUGUGAGACGAUAAGUUUCUGUUGUUUCAACUGCCCAGUCUGUGGUACUUUGUUAUGGUAGUCCUAGCAAACUCAUACAGUUGUCCUGUUUUUAGUGAUUUUGGUUUGAUCUUUGAGUGUAAGUGGUAACAGCCUUAUUUGCCCAUUAUAGGGUGCUUUAUUAUCUUUUUUUUCUAAUUGUUUUAGCAUCUAUUGAUGGUUUUAUCUAGAUCCAUUAUUUCAUCAGGGGUCAAAAAUGGUAAUUUUAAUAUAAUCACCCUUCCUUUUUUUAGCACUGUGCUUCUAUACUGAAGAAUUUUUGUUCACCAACUAUUUGGUUACUGUGAAAUUGUCUGUAUUGCAAAGGUACAAUAAAUGCUUGAUUGGAUUCUUUCUCUUUUUAAAUUCAUUUUUAGAUUCUGACAUCUUCCAUAUCACCUGAGAAUCCUAAAUUUCAGGUUUGGGGAUUUGAAUUUAUACUAUUAGGGUGAGCGAAAGACUUCCAAACUGAGAAAUAUAUAAAGUAUCCCUGGGCUGGUGAUACCUUUGGAACACCUGGCAGAUACGGUGUGAAACUCUGUUUCCAGGAGGGACAGGUUCUCAAGGUCCCAUGCUAGUCUCAUGAUAAAGAUGAAAAGAAGCAAAGAAUUGAUAACUAAAAAUCAUAGUCAAGAGGAAACAAGUAUUCUUCGUUGUUGGAAAUGUAGAAAAUGUAUAGCAAGCUCUGGUUGUUUUAUGGAGUAUCUUGAGAAUCAAGUGAUUAAGGAUACAGAUGAUUCAGUUGAUGCUCAAAAUAUUUGCCAUGUGUGGCACAUGAAUAUAGAAGCCCUCCCAGAAUGGAUAAACUGCCUGAUCCAAAAAGCCCAGUGGACAGUUGGAAAACUGAAUUGCCCUUUCUGUGGGGCCCGUUUAGGGGGCUUUAAUUUUGUCAGCACUCCAAAAUGUUCCUGUGGCCAGCUUGCAGCUGUACAUCUCUCCAAGAGCCGGACCGAUUAUCAGCCAGCACAGGCAGGCGGACUAAUGAGACCAUCACUGAAAUACUUGUCACAUCCUAGAGUUCAGUCAGGUUGUGACAAGGAAGCUCUGCUGACAGGUGGUGGCUCUAAAAACAGAAAUCACAGGCUUUUAAACAUGGCCCGAAAUAAUAAUGACCCUGGAAGAUUAACAGAAGCACUCUGCCUGGAGGUGCGAUCAACAUAUUUUGAGAUGAAGAAUGAAAAACUGCUCUCCAAAGCAUCAGAACCAAAAUACCAGCUUUUUGUUCCCCAGCUUGUGACUGGCAGAUGCACUACAAGAGCUUUUCAUAGAAAAUCACAUAGUCUGGAUCUGAACAUCAGUGAGAAACUGACUUUAUUACCCACUUUAUAUGAAAUACAUAGUAAGACUACUGCCUAUUCCAGACUAAAUGAAACGCAGCCUAUUGACCUUUCAGGCUUGCCUUUACAAUCUAGUAAAAAUAGCUGUUCCUUUCAGAAUCCAUCCAGUUUUGAUCCUAGUAUGCUGCUGCAAAGAUUUUCAGUGGCCCCCCAUGAGACCCAGACACAAAGAGGAGGAGAAUUUCAAUGUGGUCUAGAAGCUUCUUCAGUGUACUCUGACCAUACUAAUACUAACAAUCUGACUUUCCUGAUGGACCUGCCUUCAGCUGGCAGGAGCAUGCUGGAGGCCUCAGACCAGGAAGAGCACCUCUCCCCUCUGGACUUCCUGCACUCAGCCAGUUUUUCACUGGGCAGCAUUAAUCAGAGGCUCAAUAAGAGAGAAAGGAGCAAGUUGAAGAAUCUAAGAAGGAAACAACGAAGGCGUGAAAGAUGGCUACAGAAACAGGGUAAAUACUCAGGAGUGGGAUUGCUGGAUCAUAUGGCUUUGGAGGGAAAUGCAAAGUUGGAGCUGCUGCUGCCUCCUUUCCAAGACUUGUACUGUCUGCCUGGAUAUCAGAAGUUUUCUUGUGUUUUGCAGACUUUGAAUAAUGAGAUGAGUACAGAUGAAGACAAUGAAUAUGCAGAAGAAAAAGAUAGCUACAUCUGUGCAGUGUGUCUGGACAUUUAUUUCAACCCUUAUAUGUGUUACCCUUGCCAUCACAUCUUCUGUGAGCCCUGCUUACGGACUCUGGCCAAAGACAAUCCUUCCAGCACUCCAUGCCCAUUAUGUCGGACAAUUAUUUCUAGAGUCUUUUUCCAGACAGAACUGAACAAUGCCACAAAAACAUUCUUUACUAAAGAAUAUUUGAAAAUAAAACAAAGCUUUCAGAAAUCCAACUCUGCAAAAUGGCCCCUACCAAGCUGCAGAAAAGCAUUUCAUCUUUUUGGAGGUUUCCACAGACGUGCAGCUCCAGUUACAAGAAGGCAGUUCCCGCAUGGUGCACACAGGAUGGAUUACCUGCACUUUGAAGAUGAUAGCCGUGGAUGGUGGUUUGACAUGGAUAUGGUGAUCAUAUAUAUUUAUUCAGUGAACUGGGUCAUUGGAUUCAUUGUUUUCUGCUUUCUUUGCUAUUUUUUCUUUCCGUUUUAGGAAUUUUCAUACCUUACUACAGUUGACCAAUCAUAAAUGAUGUAAAUAACAAUUGCUUAAACAUUUUUAAAAUGUGCUUUGAAGUUUUUUUAAUGUUGCAUUAUACAAAUUGUUGGUGUUUAUAGAAAGCCUGAGAAUAAUGAAUUCAUUUAUUAAUGUUUUUCAUGUAACAAACUAAACCUUAUUCAAGAGCUAACCUACCCACCACUUAGCAGCAAUGCACUAUUAAUUUCAUAGUUGUUCUUGGGUUAGGGUUUGGGGCUCUGAUUUUAUAAGAUCACUUUAAUACUUAUUUUGAUUGUAAAAAACUGAACUUUUCUCUCCACUUAAAAUAGUAAAAAUACAAAAAGAAAUGAUAAUCUAGGUAGAUUUUAUCUUUACUGAUAAAAUAUUUAAUCAAUCACCACUUAUUCUCAGGCAAAUUAUAUAUAUUAAAGAUAAACCAUAUUCUCUGGGAAAUAAUGUAGCAGGGUAUGUUCAGUUUUGGUUUCUAAGUAUCACUACUUAUAUCCCUUUCUAUUACCAAGAAAACUGACUAUUCUUUUUGUACAGAUCUAAUUAGUGCAACAUUUUAAAUUAUUAUAAACUGAAUAGUAAAUACAAAUCAUGAGACUAAUCCCUACGAACAGACACUUUAGAGAGCUAUAUUAACACUUUCCAGGUAGAAGGAUUAAUCACCUGAAGACAUAAAAAAUUUACCGACUUUUAGUAGUCUAAAAGAGCAGUGCAUGUCCAAAAUGUAGUUUAGUGAUUCAUUUAACGAGGAGAUGGUCAAAUAUAUUGUAAAUGUGCAAUAAAGAGUGGCUUUUAAUUUUUUUUAAGUUUUUAAAUGUCUGAAUAAAGAAUUGUUAGAAAUAGGCUUAUGGAUUCAUAGAAAGAAAGCCUGACAUUUUUAAUUACAGUAAUCAUUAAUUUUUUCAUUAUUAAAAUUUAAAAAUAGGAGACCUGAAUCAUUAGAACGUGGGAUAGAAUUGGGGCAGGUAACCCAAUUUGAAAAAUGAAAAACUGGAGCAGAGACUUAAGCUUAUUUAUUCAGUUAUUCUGGUGGUCUUUGUGAAACCUCGGACAAAAGUUUUUAUUAUGAAUUACUCAUCCAAUAUUACUACAUUGUGAUGUCAUAUAUCUGGUAAUUCAGUAAGCAUACUUUUACAUAAACUAGGUGACUCUCUCAUGGCACUAAAAAUACUACCACUAUCCAAAAACAUUGGGAUCAACUGGACUUUAACAGUUUCAAUCUAUGAAAAGCCAAAAUUUAGGCUAAUUGCUACUAACUGUAUUUCAAUAAAAGCACUUGACUGUUGGUAUGUGAUGUUCUAAGAAAUCUAGAAGAAUGGUAUUGAUUUCUAUUCUAAUGCUGUUCUUAUUAUUGUGUUUUAAAUUAUAUCUAUUACAGAAAAUAAUAGUAUAUACUAGACAUCAAAUCUAGAAAUCAGAAAACUAAAUAUAAUUUAGAAACACAGAGAUACCUUUAUACUCAUAAAUGGAUAUUUAUAAUUACUAGUUGCUCAAAGUAAACAUAUGGGAAAAUAUCAGCCCUCUUAAAAUAUAUAACAAGAUUGAAAAAUUAACACACACCUAAGGAGUUGCAUUAUUUUAAGAACUUUAAAUUGCAGCCAUUACCUAGGCAACUUCUGGUUUAUACACUCUAGAAAAUAUAUCUUGAUUCCUUCCUAAAUUUCAAUAAAAGCUUAGUUUAAUUAGGUAUAAACUAAAUAAAUAGUAUUAUAUAUACAGAUCUCUCAUAGAAACAAAGUUGAUUCCCAGUAUAUAUUUGUUAGGUCAGUGAUACAUAUCCGUUUAUAGAUCUCAAUCCACUAAAUAUUUAUGAUACCCUUAAAUAAAUAUGAACCUUUAAAUGAAGAAAGUAUUAUCUGGAAAAGCAUUCAAAAUGGAUUGAGUAUAUACAUCUUGACUAAUAACUUGAUCUGAAAAUUAUAGAAUAUUAAAAUAAGUAAAUUCAUGAAAUUAUAAAUUACUCAUCUUAUUUUAAAAUAUUCUUAAAUUUUAUACAAGUGGAGAUAAAAAACUGCUAAAUAUUAAGAAGUAUGGCAUUUCCUAGAUCCACCAGCUUAUGAGAAGCCAGAUAAAAUCUCAGAUGGAAAGAAACAAGUUUCUUCUGGUACAUAGCACACAGUAGCCAUUCAAAAUAAAAUACAUGGAUGAGCUUUAGAGUAAAACAAAAAAUUAUAAUGCUCUUCCUUAGCAUGUCUCACAGUAAAAACUCAUUGUCCAAUAAAGAACCAAAGAAGGGAAAAGAAGAAAAAUGUUAAAGUUAACAAAGUAUAGUACUUGUCCCAAGUAAUGUUAUUUAAUAAGCUUAAUUUUAUGAGUUAUAACCUAUAAUAAUUUCUAUUUCUACCAAACUUAAUUAUGGUAAAGGUUAAUUUUAAACAUGUUCACACAUUCUUUUAAAAAAAUGCCCUAAUUGGGGUAUAUUUCUGAAUAGUUUCAGCAGGUUAUUUUUUAAUUUUACAAAAGCAAAUUCACAAAUCCAGAUCCAUUUAUUUUAUACUUAGCAGAAGAUAGGGGAAUUUAAAUUAGACAAAGUUGAAAAAGAAUCAGAAUUUAUAUUUUACAAAGCUACCAGUAUGAAUCCAACAAAAUCAGGAAUGGGAAAAACAUUUUCUGUACCUGCUAUAUUAUUAAUGCCAUUCUAGUAUUAUAUGCUAAAUAUGAAAGCAGUGCUGCCAUCAGAUUCACUUCUGCCUUGGAAUCUUGCUCCUAAGUUAGUUCUAUGGCAUAACAAAAUUCCAGUUAAUAAAAUUUUCAUUUAAAUGUCUUUUGUAUUGCUAAAUACACAGAUUCUUAAACAUCUAAUUUUUAUAUGGAUUUCUCAAAGAAUGCCUUAUAGAAGAGCAUUCUCUGACUGAAUGCAAUUACAGUUGAAGUCUUUGAUUCUUCACAGAAGUCUGUAGUUGAAGCCAGAGAACACUGUCAUUUAGGAAAGUGUUCCUAAAGGUUUGCAUGCUUUAACAUGCUCAAUUCUUACUUCUUGAAGUGUUUGAUUGUCAGUAAAUUUUCAAAGAACAUUAAAGUUCUACCAAUGUA